AAAAAGAGGCGAUUGGAGCCGCUUUCCUCGUCGCCCGCAUCGCGUCUCAACAGCUCACAACCCACACCGGGCGCCAAGCUCGCGUCUACUCAGACCAAGAGCGUCUUCGAGUCCGAGGUCCUCGAAAAGCUCAGCCAGGACAUCUCAGACCUCAAGCAGAACAAUUCCGAAAAGGACCAAUCAUGGGAACGCCCCCCCGUCCUCGACUUCGUCCCCAAGCGGGACAGCCUGACGUUCCAGCAGAUCGAGGCCGAGGAAGGCACCCUGCAUGGCGGCAGGGCCACCGUCAAGCUCUUCGGUGUCACGGAGAACGGCCACUCUGUCAUGCUCCAUGUCACCGACUUCAAGCACUACUUGUACGUCGCCGCGCCCGUCUCCUUCCAGCCAAAGGACUGCGAGCCUUUCAAGGCCUACCUCGAGUCACAGGUAGCCCAGCACCAGCCCGCCAUCUACUCUGUUCAGCUGCAAAUGCGAGAGAACAUCUACGGCUUCCAGGGCAACACCAAGAGCCCCUAUAUCAAGGUCACAGUCACCGACCCCAAGUUCAUCAACAGGGUUCGCACCACCAUAGAAAAGGGCGAUGCCAACUGGAAGGGUAUGUGGAGGGGCGCUGACGGAGGCAUCAUGACCUUCGAUAAUCUGCAAUAUGUUUUGCGAUUCAUGGUUGAUACCAAGAUCCCCGGCAUGUCAUGGGUCGAAUGUCCCGCCAAACAGUACAGCCUGAUCCCAGAACACGAGAAACAGUCCAGCUGCCAAAUCGAAGCUGAAAUCCCCUACACACAUCUCAUUUCCCACGAGCCCAAAGGAGAGUGGUCCAAGAUGGCCCCUCUGCGCAUCCUGUCCUUCGAUAUCGAAUGCGCCGGCCGGAAGGGCAUCUUCCCCGAAGCCAACAUUGACCCCGUCAUUCAGAUCGCAAACGUUGUUACUCGCUAUGGAGAGACCAAGCCUUUCAUUCGGAAUGUCUUCUGCUUGGACUCGACCAGUUCCAUCGUAGCCACCCAGAUCCUCGACUUUGACCGGGAACAAGACAUGCUCAUGGCCUGGAAGGACUUCCUCGACAAGGUCGACCCCGAUCUUAUCACAGGCUAUAACAUCGCCAACUUCGAUUUCCCAUACCUCCUAGACCGUGCCAAGACCCUCAAGUGCAAGGACUUCGAAUAUUGGACCAGAUUAAAGAGCGUCAAGUCGCAGUCCAAGGAGACCAAUUUCUCAAGUAAACAAAUGGGUAAUCGUGAUACGAAAGCCACAAACACAAACGGACGCUUGCAACUCGACCUGCUGCAGUUGAUCCAACGCGAUCACCAGCUUAGAAGUUACACGCUCAACUCGGUCUGUGCCCAUUUCUUAGGGGAGCAGAAGGAGGAUGUGCACCAUACCAUGAUUACAGAGCUGUUUAAUGGAACGCCAGAGUCCCGACGAAGAUUGGCGCUGUACUGCUUGAAGGAUGCCUACUUGCCGCAACGAUUAAUGGACAAGCUGUCAUGUCUCGCAAACUACACGGAGAUGGCCAGAGUCACAGGUGUACCGUUCAACUUCCUCCUGUCAAGAGGCCAGCAAAUCAAGUUCUUGAGCCAACUGUUCCGAAAGGCAUUGGAGCAGAAGCUGGUUAUUCCCAACAUGAGAUCAGAGGGUUCGGAUGAGCAGUACGAAGGCGCAACGGUUAUCGAGCCAACCAGAGGAUACUACGAUGUACCCAUUGCCACUCUCGAUUUCGCUUCGCUAUACCCAAGUAUCAUGCAGGCCCAUAACCUGUGCUAUACGACUCUUAUCAACUCGAAGGCAGUGGAGAAGUUUGGUCUGCAGAAGGACGAGGACUACAUCGUCACACCAAAUGGUGACAUGUUCGUCACCGCAAAACAGAGGAAAGGUCUUCUAGCACAAAUUCUUGAGGAGUUGCUUUCCGCAAGAAAGCAAGCAAAGAGAGAGCUGGCUGUCGAGACCGACCCUUUCAAGAAAGCCGUGUUGAAUGGUCGACAGCUCGCUUUGAAAAUCAGUGCUAACUCAGUGUACGGUUUGACUGGUGCGACGACCGGCAAGCUUCCAUGUCUCGAAAUCGCCAGCAGUACCACUAGUUACGGUCGACAGAUGAUCGAAAAGACAAAGGACGAAGUGGAGACGAAAUACUGCAUCGCAAAUGGAUACUCCCAUGAUGCCCAGGUCAUCUAUGGUGACACUGAUUCCGUCAUGGUCAAGUUCGGCACCAAAGAGUUGGCCGAGGCAAUGAGACUCGGAGAAGAGGCAGCCAACUACGUCUCGUCGAAAUUUAUCAAGCCCAUCAAGCUAGAAUUCGAAAAGGUCUACUUUCCCUAUCUGCUAAUCAACAAGAAGCGAUACGCCGGUCUGUACUGGACGAAGCCUGAAAAGUACGACAAGAUGGACACGAAGGGUAUUGAGACAGUUCGUCGUGACAACUGUCUCCUCGUCCAGACUGUUAUUGAGAAAGUACUCCGAAUGAUCCUGAUUGAUCGAGAUGUACCAGGAGCUCAAGAAUAUGUCAAGGAUACCAUCGCAGAAUUGUUGCAGAACAAAGUAGACAUGUCGAAACUGGUCAUCACCAAAGCUCUAGCAAAGGAGCACUACGAUGGCAAACAAGCACACGUCGAGCUGGCAGCGCGUAUGAAGAAGCGUGACGCAGGCUCAGCUCCUGGCCUGGGUGACCGUGUUGCGUAUGUCAUGAUUAGGGGUGCAGCAGGAGCAAAAAACUUCGAGAAGUCGGAGGAUCCCAUCUAUGUUCUGGAAAAUAAUCUGCCCAUCGACACCCGGUAUUACCUCGACAACCAACUUGCCAAGCCUUUGGGUCGUAUUUUCGAGCCCAUUCUCGGCGAGACCAAGGCAAAGUCGUUGCUUACAGGAGACCAUACCCGUGCCAUAUCCGUAGCAGCGCCUACGGUUGGUGGUCUCAUGAAGUUUGCAAAGAAGACUAUGACGUGUAUGGGCUGCAAGAAACCGCUCGUCGGCAAGGAGGAGAGCGCUGGCGCUGUUUGCUCCAACUGCGCACAACGUGUCGGUGAACUUUACAACAAGACGUUGAGCCAGGUCUCAGACCUUGAGGUUCGUUUCGGCAGGCUGUGGACACAAUGCCAGCGGUGCCAGGGCAGUAUGCAUGGUGAGGUCAUUUGCAGUAGCAAGGACUGUCCCAUUUUUUACAUGCGUAUGAAGGCCAAGAAGGAUCUCGAAGAUGCGGGCAAGGAGUUAAAGAGGUUCGAUUUCGACCAAGCUGCAAUCUGGUGA